UUGGUUCGGCGCUGCGCAUGCGCACAGUUUAUAUUCCGAUCGCGACCGUCCUCCAUUUCUUUCUGCGUACUUUGCGGCUAUUUUCAACUCAAAGAAGUGAAAAAACAACAAAAUUAAGUAAUUAAUAUUAAAUGUAAGAAAGAAGUGCCUUGUGUUUUUGUGUAACGGUCAGCCAAGUGGAGUAAUUGCGGCAAAAGUGGUUAUUCACUUAACAAAGGCGAAAGGCGGUUCGGUAAAAAGAGUUUGUUAAUAACGAGCCCGAAGAGUUGGCAGCAGAAAAGAAGACGGUCCUUCUGCAUAUAAAUAAACUUAAAAAUUACUCUUUCAAAGGCUAGUUUAGUUUUUAUACGACUUUAAAAUUUGACACCUGUGGUUACCUGUUAUGAACAAACAAAACGCGGCAACAACAACCAACAACGAGCGAUCCGAGGGCGCCCUAAUGACUCUUCGCUGGCACACAAAUGACGAAUUAUGAGAACCUUAUAAAUUUGCCAUUAAACUUUAAUGCAAAUAAUCACGCCGCCAAUAAUAAUGAGAACAAUGCCAAAAUUGCCGUCGCUGGCGAGCAGCUGCUGAAUAAGAUGUCGCAGCGGGAUUUCUCCGAGAACGAGCCGGAAUGCACACCGGAGCUGCCCGCCGCGAACCGUGCUCUCUUCCUGGAGAAGGUUCGCCAGUCGAAUGGUGCCUGCCAGAGCGGUGACUUUGCCACGGCGGUGUUGCUUUACACGGAUGCCCUGCAGCUGGAUCCCGGAAACCACAUCCUCUACAGCAAUCGAUCGGCGGCGCUACUUAAACAAGGUCAGUUCGCGGCCGCUCUGCAGGAUGCUACGCAGGCGCGGGACCUGUGUCCGCAGUGGCCUAAGGCUUAUUUCCGCCAAGGCGUUGCCCUCCAGUGUCUCGGUCGCUACGGCGAGGCUCUGGCCUCCUUUGCCUCCGGCUUGGCCCAGGAGCCGACGAACAAGCAAUUGAUGGGUGGCCUUGUCGAGGCCUCAUUGAAGAGUCCACUGAGGACGGCGUUGGAGCCAACACUGCAGCAGCUGCGCACCAUGCAGCUACAGGAGUCACCGUUCGUGGUCAGCUCGGUGGUGGGCCAGGAGCUGCUCCAGGCUGCCCAGUAUCCGGCGGCGGUGUCAGUUCUCGAGGCUGCCCUGCGGAUCGGCAGCUGCUCUCUGAAGUUGCGCGGCUCCGUGUUCAGCGCCUUGAGUUCCGCCCACUGGGCUUUGAAUCAACUGGACCAGGCCAUCGGCUACAUGCAGCAGGAUCUGGCGGUGGCCAAGUCUUUGGGUGACACGGCAGGCGAAUGCCGGGCGCACGGCAACCUGGGCUCCGCCUACUUCAGUCAGGGUGCUCACAAGGAGGCGCUCACAGCCCAUCGCUACCAGUUGGUGCUGGCCAUGAAAUGUAAGGACACUCAGGCGGCAGCUGCCGCCCUGACCUCGCUGGGCCACGUGUACACGGCUAGCGGGGAUUACCCCAAUGCACUGGCCUCCCACAAGCAGUGUGUGCAGUUGUUCAAGCAGCUGGGAGAUCGGCUGCAGGAGGCCCGGGAGAUCGGCAACGUGGGAGCGGUCUACUUGGCCCUCGGCGAGUGUGAAGCGGCCCUGGAUUGUCAUUCGCAGCAUCUGAGAUUGGCGCGCAAGUUACAUGACCAGGUGGAGGAGGCCAGGGCCUACUCCAAUCUGGGAUCUGCUCACCAUCAGCGACGUCAGUUUACCCAGGCGGCAGCGUGUCACGAGCAGGUCCUGCGAAUCGCUCAGGCGCUAGGCGAUCGCUCCAUGGAGGCGGCCGCCUACGCCGGAUUGGGUCAUGCAGCGCGCUGUGCCGGUGAUGCCAGUGCGUCCAAGCGGUUCCACGAACGUCAGUUGGCCAUGGCGCUGGCCGCAAGGGAUAAGCUUGGAGAGGGCAGAGCCUGUUCUAAUUUGGGAAUUGUCUACCAAAUGCUGGGCUCCCACGAUGCGGCUCUUAAGCUGCACCAGGCUCAUCUGGGCAUCGCCCGAUCCCUGGGUGACAGGACAGGCAUGGGACGGGCAUACGGAAACAUGGCAAGGAUGGCUCACAUGGCCGGAUCCUAUGAAGCGGCCGUAAAGUACCACAAGCAGGAGUUGGCCAUCAACCAGGCGAUGCAUGAUCGCAGUGCGGAAGCCACCACCCAUGGCAAUCUGGCGGUGGCCUAUCAGGCUCUGGGCGCCCACGAUGCCGCUUUGACCCACUAUCGAGCCCACUUGGCCACGGCCAGAUCGCUGAAGGACACCGCCGGCGAGGCCUGCGCCCUGCUCAACCUGGGUAACUGUCUCAGCGGGCGGCAGGAGUACGAGGAGGCGGUGCCGCACUAUGAGAGCUAUCUGAUGCUCGCCCAGGAGCUGGGCGACGUGACCGCCGAGGGCAAGGCGUGCCACCUGCUCGGCUAUGCCCACUUUUGUCUCGGCAACUUCCGAGCGGCCGUGCGGUACUAUGACCAGGAUCUGGCCCUUGCCAAGGAUGCCCAGCACAGGCCGAACAUGGGGCGAGCCUACUGCAACCUGGGACUGGCUCACCUGGCGCUGGGACACACUGCCGCCGCCUUGGAGUGCCAGCAGCUGUUCCUUGCGGUGGCCCACGCCACCAACCAGCUGCCGGCCAAGUUCCGGGCGUUGGGCAACAUCGGAGACAUCCUCAUCCGAACGGGGUCACACGAGGAGGCCAUCAAACUAUAUCAACGACAGCUGGCUUUGGCCCGAGCUGCUGGCGAUCGAUCCAUGGAGGCAGCUGCCUGCGGAGCCCUGGGCUUGGCCCAUCGACUGAUGCGGCGCUGGGACAAGGCGCUGGGGCAUCACACCCAGGAGCUGACGCUGCGCCAGGAGUUGGGUGACUUGUCCGGUGAGUGCCGUGCCCACGGUCACCUAGGAGCCGUACAUAUGGCCCUCUGCAGCUGGACAAACGCUGUGAAGUGUUAUCAGGAGCAACUGGAGCGGGCGCAGGAGCAACGUGAUGCGGCAGUGGAGGCGCAGGCUCAUGGAAAUCUGGGAAUCGCUCGACUCAAUAUGGCCCAUUACGAGGCAGCUAUUGGCUGCUUGGAGGCCCAGCUGGGCACUUUGGAGCGAGUGUCCCUGCCGUCCACUCAAGCGGAUCGAGCAAGAGCCUUGGGACACCUGGGCGAUUGCUAUGCCGCCCUGGGUGACUACGAGGAGGCCCUGAAGUGCCAUGACCGGCAGCUCCAGUUGGCGUUGGGUCUGACCAGUCAUCGGGAUCAGGAGCGCGCUUAUCGGGGAUUGGGACAAGCUCGCCGGGCACUGGGCCAGCUGCCGGCCGCCUUGGUUUGCCUCGAGAAGCGUCUGGUGGUGGCCCACGAGCUGCACAGUGCGGAGAUCAAGGCCCUGGCCUACGGGGACUUGGGACACGUCCACGCCGCCCUCGGGAAUCAUUCGCAGGCCUUGAACUGCCUGGAGCAUCAGCGGGAGCUGGCACAGGGUCUGCAGGAUCGUGCCCUCGAGUCGGAUUCCAUGUGCGCCCUCGGCCAAGUCCAGCAGCGUAUGGGUCAACAUGCGGCGGCCCUGGACCUGCACCAGAAGGACCUGCAAAUCUGCACAGACCUGGCCGCUCCAGCGCUCCAGGCCAGAGCCCUGAGCAACCUGGGAUCGGUGCACGAGUCACUGGGUCAGCAGGCCGAAGCCCUCAAGUGCUACGAGAGGCAGUUGGAGUUGAGCUCAGAUCGGCUGGGCAAGGCAAUGGCCUGCCUGGCACUGGGGCGUGUUCAUCAUCAGCUGGAGCAGCACAACCAGGCCGUGGAGUAUUUGCGGCAGGGAUUGGCGAGCGCUCAGGCAAUGGGAAAGUCCGAGGAGGAGGCCAAGAUAAGACAUCAACUAGGUCUUGCUCUACGCUCCUCUGGCGACGCCGAAGGUGCUCACCUCCAACUGGAAACCGCUGCCCAGCUACUAGAGUCUGUGCGGCACGAGCAACGUAGUCCGGAGACCCGCCUGGCUCUCUACGAUCUGCAGACCAGCUGCUACCACCUCCUGCAGCUCCUGCUGGUGGGCUUGAAUCGCAACGAGGACGCCCUCGUGGCAGCCGAGCGGUGCAAGGCUAGAGGUGGAGCCGAUGCCGUCAGCGGGGAGAGCAGCAAGGCCCCGCUAGCGGACAGCGAGACCAUCCAGGACACUGUGAACCGGGGUCGCAUGCCCGUGCUCUACUACAGCCUGGCCGGGGAGCAGCUGUUCGCCUGGCUCCUGCAGCCGCAGGCCGGGAUCGUGCGCUUCCACGCUGCUCGCAUCGAUGCUCAGAGCCUGCAGCUGCCUCUUUCGCUCAGCGAGGAGGAGGAGGAACUGGAGAUGGAGCGGGAACUGGAACGGGAACCGGGUGAGGAGCGACCCGAUGGCUUGCUGGAGCGCUACGUGAACAUGGUGCGUGACAAUCUGGGAGUCAACUCGCAGAGCCUCCUCCACGAGGGUGAUGGAAGUGGCUGGCGAGCCAGCACGGAGCAGCUGCUAGAGGAUCUGCCCGGAGCUGGUGGUUCGGGCGGUGGCGGCGGUUUCCUGCGAAUGGUAAGCCGGAACCAGCUGCUCAACUCGUCAAACUACUCGCUGAGCUCGCUGUUCUCCCUGGGAUCGGUUGGCGGCUCGGUGGCCAGUCUUCAGGGCUCCACGCGAUCCGUGGGCAGUCGCAGCUCGCGCAGAGCUCCGGCUCUGCCCGCCUGGCGAGGUCCCUCCUGCCUGCACACUUUGUACAAUCUGCUGCUGGCUCCCUUCGACGAUCUGCUGCCAGCGGGAGGACCCGCAGCCAAUAGACAGGGCAGGAGGGAGCUAGUCUUGGUUCUGGACAGCUCUCUGUACCUAGUUCCCUUUGCCAUUCUGCGCGCGGCUCGCGAGGAUGGCGAGUAUCUGUCCGAGCGCUGUGCCAUCUUGACGGCUCCCUCGCUGCAAUCGCUGCGUGGUCGUCCGAAGCCCCGUCGGGACAGAGCUCGUCCGCCCAAGGCCCUGGUGGUGGGCGGUCCUCGAGUCCCGUCCACUCUCGCCGAGCGCUGGGGUUGGGCUGGAGCCGAGUCCCCCGCCGCCUUGCAGGAGGCCGCCAUGGUGGCGGAUAUGCUGCAGGCCACCGCCCUGGCUGGCUCCAAUGCCACCAAAGAGUCCGUGCUGGCCGAGCUACCCUCCGCCGAGUGCGUCCACUUUGCAGCUAAUCUCAGCUGGCAGCUCGGCGCUGUGGUCCUCAGUCCCGGCGACGUGGUCACCGCCGAGCAGCAGCAGCAGAAAGAGCCACAUGAGCCGCAGCUAGCGGACUUCACCCUGGCGGCGGGAGAACUGCGUCACCUUCGACUCAGCGCCCGAUUGGUAGUGCUUAGUUCGUAUCAUUCCGUUGAACCCAUCACAGGAGCCGGAGUGGCCCAUCUGGCAGGCGGUUGGCUGAUGGCCGGAGCCGGCGCAGUGCUCAUCUCUUUGUGGCCCGUUCCGGAGACGGCGGCCAAGAUUCUGCUGCGCGCCUUCUACUCUGCAUUGUUGCAGGGAGCCCGGGCAGCUCGCGCCUUGGCGGAAGCCAUGCAGACGGUGCAGCACACCAAGCACUUUGCCCAUCCGGCCAACUGGGCGGGAUUCCUGCUGGUGGGCAGCAACGUCAGACUGUCGAACAAAGUGGCCCUGGGCCACGCCCUAUGUGAGCUGCUGCGGACGCCUGAACGAUGCCGGGAUGCGCUGCGCGUCUGCCUGCAUCUGGUGGAGAAGAGUCUGCAGCGGAUUCACCGUGGCCAAAAGAACGCCAUGUACACCACCCAGCAGAGUAUCGAGAAUAAGGCGGGUCCGGUGGCCGGCUGGAAGGAUCUCUUAAUGGCAGUGGGCUUCCGUUUUGAGCCGGCUGCAAACGGGAUCCCGUCCAGCGUAUUCUUUCCGCAGGCGGAUCCCGAGGAGCGGAUGUCGCAGUGCUCGGCCAGCCUCCAGGCCCUGCUGGCUCUCACCCCGGCCACGCUCCAGGCGCUGGCCAAGUUGGUGCACGUGAACAGUGCCGAGUAUGCCGACGAUGUGAUUGCCGUCAUGCGCAACAUCCUGGCCCAGUUCCCGGGCUCCAAUUCCAUCUCCAGCACGAGUUCCAUCAAGACGGAUAUGAUGGCGCCGGAGUCCUGCUUCAUUGAGAUGCCGCUGAGCGUGCGUCUGUGGCGAGUGGCCGGUUGCCAUGAACUGCUCGCCUCCGUGGGCUUCGACCUGACGGAAGUGGGCGCCGACCAGGUGAUCCUGCGAACCGGAAAGCAGGCCAACCGUCGCCACUGCCAGUUUGUGCUGCAGGCACUGCUAGCCCUGUUCGAUACUCGCGAGGCGCCCAAGAACCUGGGCAUGGACCCGGACUCAGCCCACAGCAGCAGCUGCGAGUCCCUGGCAGACCCAGAGAUGGAUGUGCCACCUGUGCCGCCUGCAGCCACCAGUACGCCGUCCGUGAACGGGGCCACUAAGGCUCCGCUGCCACUGCAUCCGCGCAGCGCCUUCAUCUCGUACGUGCGACGUCGUGGAGAACCGGACGGCGGGCGAACUGAAGCCAUCGGCAGUGGUGGGGCAGGAGGAGGAGGCGGAGGCUUGGACUCCAGCUUGGCCAACACCACCGACAGCGAGCACUCCCUUUCCGAUGGAUAUGCCACCCAGCCAGGAGCCGGUCUCUCCAACCCUCGGUUAGGCUAUGCCAGCAUGAGAGCUCCGGUGCGAGUGUCCCGACCGGGAGGUGGAGGCGAGAGUGACGCCGCCUUUACGCCGAGUCCGCCAGUGACCGACCCUAGCUUAUCGCUGGCUUUGGCGCAUCAGACGCGCAUCAGGAGCCUGUACUCAGCGACCAGCUCCGCUGCUACAGCUCCACCGGCGACGGCAACAACCAUGAGCCGACGACCGGACAGCUCCAGCUCAGCCAGCAGCACCACAGACUGGGAGAGUUCGGGACAUGCUACGGUCCUGCGGCGAGGAGCGAUGCCGCAGCAGCAGCCUCCAUUGCCACCCCCGCGUCCACCUACUUACCACAACCUGGGGGUGGGAGCCGGCGGGCGCAGCAAGCCGAAGAUUAAGCUGGGAAGCGCCCAAAGCUCCCUGGCCGCUCGGGUUAACAAGGAGCACGCCCUGUUCAUGGACCGUCUGAGUGUGCGGACGGAGCUGAGUGCGCCCGGAGGCAACGCCCUCUGCAGCGGAUCCGGCAGCAGGAAGCCCCUGGCUCUGCCCGAGGAGGAGGAGGUCUCCAGCGUCGCCUUCAAUCCCUCCAGCCUGUACUUCUCGCAGUCAGAUGCCGAUCUGCUCAGCGAGCCCAAGCCGGAGGAGGUUCCGGUGGCGUCCAAGUCGAGUGCCAAGUGCCUGCAGGACAGCAUGAUGCGGCACAUAACCCGCGAACUGACCCCCAGCAUCUCGGAGUUGUACCACGAACGUAACCUGGGCCUGGGACUGGCACCGCCGCUGUCGAAGCUGCUGCUGAGUCCGAACUAUGAGGAGCAGGAGGUGGUCAGCCUGGGUGAGGGCUGUCCGCAGUCCGGAUCUGGCCUCAAAACCCUGGUGGAUGCUGUCAAUGAAUUGGAGCUGAGCGGCAGCUCUUCCGGCGCCACCAUGCCCACUGUUGUGGGCGGCGGAGGCAAUGAGGUGGAAGGAUCCUCUGCACCCGCCGCGGAAGACACCUGCCCCAUUUGCGGGGAGCACGCAGAUGUCAUAUGCCGUUGCAAGGCUGCCACCAUCCAGAAGAAGAGCAUCCUCAAGCCCUGGCUGAGCAAUGUGCCGGCCAGCAGCCUGGUGCAAGCCAGCGAGCUGACCACGGCGGAUAUUCUGGAGCGACGCCUGGAAAUCCACAGUGCCAACUCUACGGGAGCUCCCCCCUUUGCGGUGGAUCUGUGCCGGCGCGAUGAGGGGGACGGACGAUCUGUUGCGGAUUCGCAGUGUAGCAGCAACUACAAGCGGGUGCUGGCCAGCGCCACUGGGGGAGGAGCAGUCAGUCUGGUGGGGAUUGGAAGCGAAGCGGAGCCACAAAGCGCCCCUUCGGCGGCCACUUGCUCAGCCGCCCGGCUGGUCUAGACCUUAGACCUUAUAUUUUAAAUAAUUUAUUUGUGCACUUAUUUAUUAUCAUUGAACGCAUAUUUUAUGGAUAGUUUAUGGUCGUAGUCAAGCCACUGAUUAAAAUGUAUUUCAUUAUUAAAACAAGUCUGUAAUUUAAGGUCACCCUAAGCUAAUAGAUAUUGUAUUUUAUUAUGACGUAGCGAAAAUAAACUGUUGUACUGUAAUAUAUUUGAAAAAA